AUCGAUACCAAUGAGUAAUCGCCAGUCUCCCAUCACUUAUCCAUUUCUCGUUGUUUUGCUUUUUUAUCAACUCAAAUAAAUUGAAUAUUCGCAAACAUUUUACGCAAAAUCAGGAACUCGCUCCGCCAGCGCAAGAAGAAGAACCGACCGCGGCAGGCCACGCCCCCACUGCCAGCCGCCCCCCCAGCCGGAAGCUCGGCCUGCUGCUCCGCGAACCUUGUCCCGCGGAGCACCCACUUUCCGCGGGCGGAGCACCCCGAGUGCAGGAGCGCCAAGGACCACGCCGCCAGGAUGGAGAGCAACCUGAACAGGAUCAUCCGCGAGUCGGCCAAGCUGAAGCUCAGCGGACAGCUCAGCAAGUACACGAAUGUUAUGAAGGGCUGGCAGUACCGCUGGUUCACCGUGGACGCCAAGACGGGAUCGCUGAGCUACUACCUGUGCGACUCCUCGACGGUCGGCGACGACAUCGCGCCCUCGCCCCACGUCCUCGCCAGCGCGCCCCGCGGCCAGGUCCAGUUGGCCGGCGCCGUGGUCUACCCGAGCGACGAGGACUCCAGGACCUUCGCCAUCGCCUGCGCCUCCGGCGACACGGUGAAGCUGAGGGCCAACGACGCCAGGGCCCGGCAGGAGUGGGUGGAUGGUCUGCGGGCGGUGGUCGAGAGCCACAUGAAGGCCAUGGACAUCAGCAACUCGUCGCCACUUCCUCCGCGGGAGCUGCUCGCCGCCUCCGAUGCCAUGGUCUCAGCCCGCCAGGCCCUGUUUCUCACGGAACAAUGCAACGCUUCUCUGGCCAGGGCCAUCGAGAGCAUCGACUGCGCUUCCUUCUCGCCCACGGAUCCCGACCUCCUCCUGCUCAAGGCCAUCUCGACGGCCAGCACCCAGUGCCUGCAUCAGUGCCUGGGCCUGCUGCAACGCCACCAGGAGAUCAACCAGCCCCCGGCGGACGCCGUUCCCCUCGUGCUCUGAGCUCCAAAGAUAGUUUCCAGUAUCCACUAUGAUAUGCCCCAAUAAACACUAAGAUUAACCGCA